AUGGGAGGAUGCUGCACCUGCGUCGGCCGCAAAGGUUUGUGGUACGUCUGGGCGUUUAACGCUUUAAUCGCGUCCAUUUUCUCCAUCAUCGCCGUCUCCCACGGCGCGGUCUUCGACAAGAUCAUCGUCAACAACAAAUCCGCGAAUGCGAUGCUCGACGGUGCCAUCGCGUGCAUCUCCUGCUCCGUGUUCUUAAACAUCGCGUACCUCGUCAUAACGGCGCUGAUUUUGUUACGGAAAACUAUAGCCCUGAAUGGUGCCGGAGCCGCGUUUGGGUUUAUGAUUGCGCUGUCGCUGAUGAUGUUCUUUAACCAAAUUCAGGUAUACGAUUUGUGUUCGUUUCUCUCUUUCUCUCUCUCGAGCGCUUUCUUACUUCGGCGAAUACAUCACAGAUGUCACGCACAUAAAUGCUCACAAAAUCACGCAUUUCCUCUCACAACAGGUUGGAUUCUUCCUCCAAUCGAUUCACCCGUGGAUUGA